AUGCCUAAACUGCCUGAGUCCGAAGACAGCAGCGCCAAGGUUGACUUUAACUCCUUCAGCUCUUCGGCGGGCGUCGGGGCCACGCUCAACGCCACCGUCGUUACCGCCGGUCACGAACGCCCUGAACCCUCCAAGAUCGCAGUCUCCAACGACUCCGCCUCGUGGUCAAGCAGCCGCCUCACUUCGCCGCCGCUGCCACCGCCACCGCCAGCGUACGACGACACCCUGUCAAUGCCGCUCUCCCCGAGGCGUUACCAUGUGAGCGCCGCAGCUCCCAAGCCUGCUCCAGCCACCGCUGGCGAUCUUGCCACUGCUGCUCCCCCGUCAUGCGCUGUCGCGCGCGGCAUGUCUGAAGCGACCGACAAAACGAAUCCGUUGUCUCCGUCUACUUCACCACGUCAUGAGCAGCCGGGUUCGUCUCCAGAGUUUCGCAUGACGAUGUCGUCUGGGGCAGCCGCCACGAUGCCAGCUCCCACCCGCGCUGCGGCUGGUGCGGCGGCCGGUGCGGGGGGUGUCGUGCCCCCGCCCCUGCCCCAUCGGGCGACCGUUCUUCCUGCUUUGGAGAAAACGGAUGAGCGCGGUGUUGCAGACGCGACCAAGGACAGUGGCGACCUCGCUGCUUCGACGGACCAGUCGGACGAAACCCCGAGCAACAUCGUCCAAGAGGUGGCCGAAGACAUGGGUGAGGGCGUGGCCGACAUGAUGCAGGCCAUUCGAGGCGUGUUCGGCAGGGGGAAAAGUGACGACGGCGAUGAUGCCGACGCGACACCACCACCGCCGCAGAAGGUGGUCUACGGUGGUGGUGGCGACAGUGGCACCCCUGAACAGAGAGAUUUUCCUGUUUCCGCAGUCCUCAGUCGAGUCGAGUCUCCGGAGCCGUCCUCGUCCUCUUCCGCGCCCUCUCCCGUGCACCUCGACGGAGGCGCGGCGUUCUCCCGCGUGUUCGGUGCCCUGAAGGCUGCGGGGGUGGCCACCGACGGUGACAGCAGCACGGAGAUGGGCGACGAGAAAGAGCAAGACGACGAAGCCGGUAAGGGGGAGGAGGAAGAGGAAGAAGACGAGGAGGAGGAGGAAGAGCAACCGAAGGGAGAGGAAAAGGAGGACCUCGGCAGUUCGGCCGUCUCAAGGCUGCGCCAGAUGUUCGAACGCUCGGACGGGAAGAAGAGGGCGAUCCUGGAGGCCGGCCCAAUCCCCGGGCAGGCGGUUUCGACUAUCGGUGAAUCUACCGGCGAAGACGAAGCUGCCGGGGAGGCGACGGGUGCGACGGGAUCACCACAAGCCUCCCCGAAAGCUGGAAGCAACUCGGCGGAAGAGGAGGGGGCAAACGCCGCGGGGCUGGCGGCCGAGAGACCGGCAGCAUCUGCGGCGUCCGGCUUUGGGGUCUCGGUCCACAAGUUCUUCUUCGGGUCUCGGACUAAGAAGGACGCCGCGCCGAAGGCUGCCGAAGAGCCCACUCCUCUAGCGGUUGCCGAUGGAGCGGUGGUGGAGCCCUUGGGCGUGGCCGGGCAAAAGGAAUCGUCAGAGACGGGACCGUUUGGCGACACGAAGCAGGCAAAGCUCGGAGGUUUGCCGGCCGAGUCGAGCACGAGCACUCAAGCUGUUGCACCGGCCGUGGAACAAACCGUGCUCCUGGCGGCGAAGGACGUCUCCUCUGUACCGGCAGCGAUUGUCGACGUGGACUCGACACCUCAGCUUGGCGGGGCGGCGUCAUCUGCCAGCGUGCACCACUCGUCGACGGAACCGGCAAUCUCGUCUGGUGCUGCUCAAGACAAAGCUGGCGAUCGUACAGGCGAAGAGAUCGCUGUCGACGUCGUGGCGGUGGAGGAGUUGGCACCGGUAGCUGAAAAGGAGUCCCGACAGAACCCACCAGGAAUUGUGGGGGCCCCGGCGGUGGUGGGAGUAGCCGGGACGGCAGGUCAGAGCGAAAAGCCUGCCGCCGACAUGUCGAUGCUGAACAUGGCUCAGGCCUCCGCUGUGGAAGGUGCCGUGCAUCCUGAUGUGCCGGAAGAAAGGAUUGUCCCUGAGGCCGCUGAAACGACCGUGACUGCGGUGGAGGCACCGACGGCAAAAGCCUAUGAUGGAGAGGCCACCCAUGCCGCUGCUGUUAUCGCGGCGCAGACCAAGGAGAAGAUUGGCGCGUUUGAAGUGGCUCAGGUCAAGUUAAUCGAACCAGAGAUACCUGCGGUGGACCCGCCGGUGCCUUCUGAUGUCCAUGCAGUUGUGGCAGAAGGUGUGUCAGGUCCGUGUGCGACUGUGGGAGACGAGUUGCCAACGUUAGGAGGAGUGGGACAGACGACAGGGGCGUUACAAGACACUCGAGACGAAGCACCGCUCCAGGGAGCCAACGGCGAGCAGCAAACGGUUGUGGCAGCUGUGGAAGACGCAACGACCGCUGGGGACAAAGAUGAACCGUAUGUUACUGCGGCGGAAGAGGAGGGGCCGCAGGAUGGAGACCUCGCGCCGCUCUCUUCGGCCACGUUCGACUUUUCUUCACCCACCACAGCGACGAACGACGGGCCUUUGGUCGAACCUAGCGGGAAUGUACCGGCGAUUCGCGAGGUCGCGCCGCCACCGGCGAUAACCGAGGGCAUGGUCGCAUCUAGCGGGGAUGUACCGGCGCUGGAGAAGGCCGCGCCGUCACUGGCGGCACCCAAAAACAUGUCGUCUCCGGAUUCCGAUUGCGGGGUAAUCGCCCCCUCGAGGGCCGGUCCUCUUCCCGAGGUCGCGGCGAAAGCGCCGGACACGGCCAAGAUCGGCGGAUCGCCAACGAAGACCGUUGUCGACCAGCUCGCUCCGGGUGGUGUGGAGGAGGCGCUGUCGGAGGAAGGAGAAAUCGAGCAUCAAACUCCUGCCCCCAAGCAGGAAGACGCGCCCAUCCUGGCGAGUGCGCCCUUCAAUGGUACUGCCGUGAGCGAGCUGGAAGUUUCAGCUGUACAAGCACCGGGCAAGAUGUCUCAGGUGCAAAGAACGGAGCAGGCGGCAUCGAUGGUCGAGGAUGUUGUCGCUGCUGUGGGCCAGGAGAGCGAUAUCGCGCCCAUCGAGGCUGCGGGGGUCAUUCCGGCGGAAUCGCAAGCCAAGCCUAUGGCAACGGUGGAGAAACCGAGCGAGGACAAGGAGGUGGAGAAGGACGGAGCGACAGAGCCGAUCCAAGUUCCCGGCGAGGUUACAUCUGCGGCGGCGGACCCUGCUCCGACCGUUGCCGCUGACGACGUUGCUGCCCCAAGUCCUGGGGAGAACACCACCGCCCCCGAUAUCACCGAGGGGGACACGACCGAUGGGAACGUGCGCGAACCUACUGAGGAACCGGAUAUCGCUCGAGACGAAGAGCCGGUCAAGGCCAUGGAUCCUUCUGCGAUGGAGACAAAGGUUGAGGGUCCCUUCCCCGAGUCAACAACGGAGAGAGUUAUCCCCAGGAUAAUUGGCAGCGGGCGUGACCGUCCCGCAGUCCUGCCGAAGGACGAUACACCGUCGGACAAGGCCGAGGAGGGACCUCCUGCUGCCGUGGCUGGUGAUGUAACAUGUGCAUCUGGCGAUGAAUCACCAAGCUUAGCCAUCCUGCACCCCGAGGCGCGGCCAUCCUACGGCGAUGCCACUCAACCUGCAACGGAGGCUGCCACGGGAUUGAUAGCGACCAUCCAAUCUUCUGGUGGUGGUGACGCAGACACGUCAUCGGCGCGCCUCGAGGACAAUUCCACCCCGCGAGAGAGGAGGAAGCAGAGACGACUGAGGUGGAUGGCGGUGCGGGCGAAGCACCGAUCGAGGCCGUCGAUGGCGCACCCUCCCAGCAACCCACUUCGGUGGCACUAG